AUGAGGUCUUUCCGGGCUUUUGCCGUCAUAUCGGUAGCAGUUGUUAGUCUUUCGCUUCACGUUAAAGCAAUAUGCAAAGGGUACGGUGCCAACUGCCCACAAGAAGCUCCGUGCUGUAAUAUGGGCUGGUGCUCAAAUGAUCCCAAAUUCUGUGCAUUUGGUUGUGAGCCAGACAACUCAUUCAACGACAAAUCAUGUUAUCCAGACCCACCAUGUGUCUCGUUGUACGAUGAUUUCUCAAACAAAAGUCUAGUUAGCUGGUUUCAAUGGAAUGGGGACCCCAAUUCUUAUCAUUGGACGUCAGACUUCAAACCUGACUAUGCUUCAUAUGAUAACAACGGGGACCUACAACUAGGUUUACAAUAUGACGGCACCGACAAAAAUGACCAAGGACGAUAUCAAGGUUUCGGAUCUACCGUUAGUAGUACGAGAGCUAUGGAAUUCGGUACCGUUACCGCCCGCAUAAAGACCGGUUCUACAGCAAGCGGAAUCGUGACGUCAUUCAUUACAAAAAAUACAGUCGGUGACGAAAUCGAUUACGAAUGGGUGGGGCUUAACCCAAACGAGGUUCAGUCGAACUAUUAUUGGAAUGGAUCAUUGGACUACACAAAGGGUCAACAUCACCCGUUGGGUGCUGAUUCGACUGCUGAUUUUCACAUUUAUACUAUCGAAUGGCUCCCAGAUCAUAUCAGUUGGAUCGUAGAUGGUAACCUUGUGCGUACGGUUAACAAAGCAGAUACCUUGGAUCCGGCAACAGGUCUUUACAAGUUCCCCGCCCGCCCAUCCCGAGUACAGUUUUCAAUGUGGGAUGGUGGUAUGGGUGCUGAUGUCAAUAUCACCUGCUAUUAUAAUGGCAACGCAUCAACAACAUGGCCACCGGACGGUUAUGGUCCACCAAAAGUAGCAACCAACUCUAGCAGCGGGGCGCUUCAGACUCUUGGCACCGACGUGCCAGCUGCCACCCCCACUCAAGGAGGGUACCAGCCUCAAAUCGAUACUGGUUCAGGUGUGGAUUAUAGUGCAAGUCCGUUGCCCAAAUUGGUCGUACCAGUGGCUACAGUAUGUUCGCUUGUUGUUGUUGGUGCGAUUGUGUUUGGUAUCUGGAAAUAUCGAAAGAGCAAGGGAGAAGAUUAUGUAAAGUAUCCUUAA